UCUCUCCUUCAGCCCUUCAACCUAGCCCCAAUAUAAAAACAAGCUCUCUCUCUUCAAACCAAUCCAUAAAUAUACUUUGCAAAAACCACUGCUAAAUAUCAUCCAUUGAAGAAAGCCAAAAUGGCGGGUAAUGCUAGUUGUGAGCCCGUGAAAGUGGUUUUUAUCAACACCCAAUACGUAGAAACCGAUGCAAUGAGCUUCAAGUCAGUCGUGCAAAGUCUUACUGGUAAGAAUUCUAGAGCUGCAUAUUGGAUGGAGAAGAGCUCUUUUGUGGGUCAGAAGAGAAAAACUUGCGGCGGCAAUAGUGGCUGUCAUGGUGGCGGUGGCGGUGGUGGUGGUGGUGUUCCGCGGGAGGACUUGUCAUCUGUGGAUUUUGAGAGGUGGUUGUCAGAGCUGCCUCCUAUAUUGGAGGAGCUGAACUGGUUUUUGCCUCAGUGAAAUUUAUAAUAUUGUUAAUUGUACUAUAGUACUACUCCACAUAUGUAUACAGCCAUCCUGAUAACUAUAUAUUAAUUAACUUGUUUGUUUCUCUA